CCUCUCGGGAAUUUCUGCAGACAUGCAACAUGAACUUUAUAUUUUCACUGCCCGUUUCCUGAUCUGAGCAGUGGGAGGAGUCGUGAACAGGACAGGUGAGUAAUAAAUAUAGCGUUCAUCCGAGAGCAGUCCUCAUUCAUUUCUGCUGCUGCUUCACUGAGUACAGAUGGGCAACUGGAUCAUCAAUCACGGCCUCAGCGCCUUCAUCGUGGUGGUGUGGAUGGCAAUAAACAUCGCUUUGUUUGUCCACUUCUACUUGUUUUAUGACCAAGGAGAGCGGUUUGAGUACACUCGAGAACUUUUAGGGUCUGCAUUGGCUUGGGCCAGAGCUCCAGCCGCCGUCCUCAACUUUAACUGCAUGCUGAUUCUCCUGCCCGUCUGCCGUAACCUGCUGUCUCUGCUGCGCGGCUCUUUCGUGUGCUGUGGACGAACAGUGAGGAAACAGCUGGACAAAAAUCUGACUUUCCACAAGCUGGUGGCCUACAUGAUUGCUCUAAUGACAGCGGUUCACACUAUUGCUCACUUGUUUAAUGCGGAGCGCUACAGCAACAGUUUAGAGGGUGAAGACGGAGAUCUCGCUUUUGAGCUGUCCCUGCUCCAAGACUCCAGUGAAUUAAACACCACUUACCUUAAUCCCUUUCCCUCCAAUUCUACGACUCCAAUGAUUUUCGUAUUCACCAGUAUUGCGGGUCUCACAGGAGUCGUCAUAACUCUCGCCCUCAUCCUCAUGAUCACUUCCUCAAUGGAAGUCAUUCGCAGAAGCUAUUUUGAGGUCUUCUGGUACACGCAUCACCUCUUCAUCGUCUUCUUUGCUGGUUUAGUUUUCCACGGCGCAGGGCGUGUUGUCCGAGGACAGGUCACGACGGAUCCGCCUCACAAUAAUUCCUUCUGCGAAGAUCAGCCGGAUAACUGGGGGAAGAUUCCUGAAUGUCCAAUUCCACAGUUUGCAGGAGGGUCUCCUCAGACCUGGAUGUACGUUAUUGGACCGAUGAUCAUUUACAUUUGUGAACGGCUGCUUCGUUUCAUUCGCUACAUGCAGCCUGUCACUUACAGGAAGAUUGUGAUCCGCCCGUCUAAAGUGCUGGAGCUGCAGCUGGUGAAGCCUGGAUUCAGCAUGGAUGUGGGCCAGUAUGUGUUCCUCAACUGUCCAGCCAUCUCUCAGCUGGAGUGGCAUCCGUUCACCUUGACUUCAGCCCCGGAAGAGGACUUCUUCAGUGUGCACAUCCGCUCUGUUGGAGACUGGACUGAAAAGCUCCUUAAGAUGGUUGAAAACCUACCAGAAGGUGGACAAGGACCCAAGAUGGGUGUGGACGGCCCUUUUGGAACAGCGAGUGAGGAUGUUUUUCAUUAUGAGGUCAGCAUGCUGGUGGGAGCGGGGAUUGGAGUGACCCCAUUUGCCUCCAUUCUGAAAUCCAUCUGGUACAAGUUUAAGGACUCAGACCCCAAACUACGAACAAAGAGGAUUUACUUCUACUGGCUGUGUAGGGAAACACACGCCUUUGAGUGGUUUGCAGAUCUGCUGCAAGUGCUUGAAAGAGAAAUGGAGGAACGAGGAAUGAGGGAUUUCCUCACGUAUAAACUCUACCUCACCGGAUGGGACCAGAGUCAUGCAGACCAUGCAAUGGUGCACUUUGAUAAAGAUACUGAUAUCAUCACCGGUCUAAAACAGAAGACUCAUUAUGGCCGGCCGAACUGGGAUAAAGAAUUUGAACAAGUUCGUCAAGAAAACCCAUCGUCUGUGGUGGGAACGUUCCUGUGUGGCCCACAAGCCUUAGCGAAGGACUUGGAGAAGAAAUGUGUGAAAUAUUCUGAUGUUGAUCCCCGAAGAACCAAGUUUUACUUCAACAAAGAGAACUUUUGAGGAAAUAUUAAGGAAAUCUAAUUCACUUGAAGAACUUUCACAAUACAGACUGUGCUGCAAGAUCAACAUAUGGCAUUUUACAACUUUCCACACUAUCGUGACGAGAAAAACAGAAGACCUAAUUUCCCCUCUUGGAAAUUGAGCAUGUCACUAGAAGAGACGAAUCCCAUGUCUGAGGCAAAGGUUCACUUAUUGUAUUUCUUGUUCAUGGUCUGCCUCUCAAAGUUCCUGGUUAGAUACGAGUCAUCAGGAAUCCAGGAAAUCAGAUGAGUUAAACGUGUAAUGUUAAUAAACACCUCUUUGUGUAAAGAAGUUCAAAGUUCUAAAAUUAGCAGAACAAGAAGUUACUAAAAAAAAAAAAGACACUGAUGUUUUGGAAAUUUCACCUUUUUCUUGAAAGCAAAACAGGAAAUGUCUUUUUAAUUGUAUCAACAAAUGUGGUUGUGUAGCCUUUAAACGAAAUGUAUCAUUAAUGUAUGCUGUACAUAAUGUUUUUGUUAAUUUAUUUCAUUUGUUUGUUGUUUUGUCCGUUCAUUAAUUUUUGUUAAUUUCAUUUGUUUGUCGUUUCAUUUGUUCACUUCAGUUGUUCGUUUUGUUUGUUUAUUUGUUUUUUGUAGGUUUGUUUGUGUUUGUUCAUUUUGUUUUGUACAUUUGUUAGUUUCAUUUUGUUAGUUUCGUUUUAUUUGUGGUUUUAUUUUUGCUUUUCUAAAGUUUUAGAUAUAAAACAUGAAGCCAGGAACUAAUUAUGCAUUAACAAAAAAAUCCAGUUUGUUUAUGGUUUCGUUUGUACAUUUUGUCUGGUUUAUUCAUUUGUUUGGUUGGUUUUCAAUUUGUUGUUCCUUUUUUUCAUUUUUGUUUGUUCAUUUUGUUUGGUUCAUUCAUUUGAUUUGUUAAUUUUCUUUUUUUGUUUGUUCAUUUUUGUUUGUUAAUUUGGUUUGGUUUGAUUUGUUUAUUUCUUUGUUUGUUCGUUGUUUCAUUUGUAAAUUUUUUUGUUUGUUCAUUUUGUUUGGUUCAUUCUUUUGAUUUGUUGGUUUCAUUUUGUUCACAUCGUUUUAUUAGUUUGCUUCACUUGUUUUUUGUUUUUCUAAAGUUUUAUAAAUAAAAUAUAAAGGCAGGAAUACAUUUCUGCAUUAACAAAAAAGUUUGUUGUUUCAUUUGUUCGUUUAGUUCAUUUGUUUGCUUUGAUUUGUUUUGUUAAAUUUUUUUGUUUGUGGUUUUGCUUGUUUGUUUUUCUUUGUUUGGUUCAUUCGUUUGAUUUGGUUAGUUUUAUUUCAUUUGUUUUUUUACUUGUAUGUAGUUUGAUUUUUGUUUUUCUAGUAUUUUUAAAUAAAAUAUAAAGGCAGGAAUUAAUAUCUGCAUUAACAAAAAA